AUGUCUGUGAAAAUGACAGCAGCCCUGCUCCUACUACAGCUGAGUGGCUUCUUUGGAUCUGGGAGUGGUGGGAAGGUGCUGGUGUGGCCAAUGGAAUACAGCCAUUGGCUCAACUUAAAGGUAAUGCUAGAAGAACUUGUGAAGAAGGGCCAUGAAGUGACUGUUCUGAGACCUUCAUCUUCCCUUUCUUAUGAGGUUGACAACACAUCUACUAUCGAGUUUGAAACAUACCCUUCAUCAUAUUCCAUGGCUGAUGUAGAGGAACUUUUCAUGGAGUCAAUCAGGAAACAAAUUUAUGAGAUGCCAAAGAAAUCACUUUGGAGAUACUUUUUAAUGUUGCAAGAAGUGGUUUGGAAGUAUUCAGAUUAUUUUGAAAGUCUCUGCAAAGAUGCAGUUUUUAACAAGGAACUCAUGACAAAACUACACAAUUCAAGCUUUGAUGUUAUUGUAGCAGAUCCUUUCAUACCCUGCAGUGACCUGCUGGCUGAGCUUCUCAAGACACCACUUGUGUACAGUCUCCGCUUCUUUCCUGGAUCCACAUAUGAAAAGUACAGUGGAGGACUCCCACUGCCUCCUUCCUAUGUGCCUCCUGCUAUGUCAGAAUUGAGUGAUCGAAUGACAUUCAUGGAGCGGGUGCAAAAUGUAAUCUAUGUGCUUUAUUUUGACUUUUGGUUCCACACAUUUAAUGAGAAGAGGUGGAAUCAGCUUUACAGUGAAGUAUUAGGUAAACCUUCAACCAUAAACAAUUCAAAGCUCAGAGUUCAGAAGCAGCAAGAAGAGGAAGUGAGCCCUGGGACACCUGUCAUACAUGUAAAAGUUGUAAUUAAUAUAUUUUCUGUUGUUCUUCUGAUCCUAGGUCAUCCAAAAACUAAAGUUUUUGUAACUCAUGGUGGAGCCAACAGCAUUUAUGAGGCGAUCCAUCAUGGGAUCCCCAUGGUUGGCAUCCCUUUAUUUGCAGAACAACAUGAUAAUGUUGCUCACAUGGUGGCCAAAGGAGCAGCUGUUGCAGUUCACUUUCAUACAAUGACAAGUGCAGAUUUGCUUAAUGCACUGAAGACAGUCGUUAACAACCCUUUCUAUAAAGAAAAUGUGAUGUGGUUGUCAACCAUUCACCAUGACCAGCCUAUGAAGCCCCUGGACAGAGCUGUCUUCUGGAUUGAGUUUGUCAUGCACCACAAAGGGGCCAAGCAUCUGAAGCCACUUGCCUGUAACCUCAGCUGGUACCAGUACCACUCUCUGGAUGUGGUUGGAUUCCUACUCACCUGUGUGGCAGCCUUGGCUUUCCUUGCUAUAAAAUGCUGCUUGACUGUUUACCAAUUCUUUGUAAAGGUGAAAAAAAAAAUAGGAAUAGGGUUCUUCAAGAAUGAAGAGUGUGACUAUGAGAAGUGUCACUGUGACUUGGCAGUUUGA